AAUACAUGCAUAGAUGAUAUUUAUGAACACUUUCAACACACCCACAUGACCUUACAAUUUUGACCUUGACAUGAACCUACUUUAUGACUCAAGAGUCAGACUUAAGCAGAAGGUCUAUACUUGUGUUAUGCCUAACAUCAAUGCAGUAUGGUUUAAAGCUUUGAUACUGUCAUUAUAAAUUUAAUAAUAACAAACCUGCAUGACUUGACCUCAUUGUUACCUUGAAAUUGACCUACCUUGGUGCUUAUCAUUUUCAGAAGGUUAAAAUUCUUGGUUAACCCAAAUUGACUGCUUGUGCUUAAUUGUAAACUGAUAGUGACUGCUUGUCCUUAAUUGUACACUGAAAGUGACUGCUUGUCCUUAAUUGUUAACUGAUAGUUACUGCUGAUAGUGACUGCUUGUCCUUAAUUGUACACUGAAAGUGACUGCUUGUCCUUAAUUGUUAACUGAUAGUUACUGCUUGUCCUAAAUUGUAAACUGAUAGUGCAUGCUUGACCUAAAUUGUAAACUGAUAUGAAUGCUUGUCCUAAAUUGUAAACUGAUAGUGACUGCUUGUCCUAAAUUGUAAACUGAUAGUGACUGCUUGUCCUUAAUUGUAAACUGAUAGUGACUGCUUGUCCUUAAUUGUAAACUGAUAGAAAGUGAGCACAGAUUGAAAGUCCAAAGCUAUGAAAUAUUUAUUGCUUCACUUUUUCAUGAUGCAAGCCAGGAUUUAUCUACAGAAGAUGAUAUUAAACAUGGUAUAAUCAAGACCUAAACACUUAAGCUUGGGUGGGUUUUAACUUUGCCAAUGCUGCAAAAAGUGUCAUUAGAAAACCUGCUGUUCUAGCAUAACAAAGCAACAUAGUAAAUUUAAGUUAUUAAUCAAUACAUUUGACCAUAGUUUCAUUGUCUUUAUAUUGACAUAGUACUGUUUAAUGUUAUUGUUCCAAUGUUUAGCUAUUAUGUUAGUAUUUUUAUUGACAUCUUCCACAUUCCAUAGGAGCUGUUUAGAUUGUAAAAGUGACUAACGUACACUCACAACAUUUUCAAAUAAGAAUAAUGCCCUAUAGAAACUCAGAUAACAACUUAUUAGAUUGGCAUCAUUGAUAAAUCCCCAUUCACAGAUUGCUAAUUUUGAAUAAUUGAUCAACAAUAUAUUGUCUACUCUUGGCCAUGAGACAUUAAUAGUGGUAGUUGUUAAAAAAAACUAGAGGUCAGUGAUAGUUAAAUUAUUUGUUACAAAUAUUAUGCUACUCGGUUGAAUAUUGAAUAAUACUUGCCUUGAAAUUAUAUAUGUCAACAUGACUUAACCAUGGCAAACAGUUGACGACCAUUUGUGGGACCUUCCUAAUGAAAAUGCUAUCUGCCAACAGCUGUUUAUGCCACCGAUCAAUACAAAUAUCAUGCUAGCAAUUGAUUCAUGUUCCUUAUCGAGAUUAUGUAUGAACUGUUUUAAGUAUUGUGAGUGAUGGAAUUGGUGUGAAAUGUAUUAUGUACAUGUGCGAUUGUGUUUGUGGACUUGUGUAAUAUUGUGAACUUUAUAUCGAUCUGGUUGAGCUGCUUAAUCAGUCAAUAAGUGUAAGCAUGACAGAAUAAUAUUGAGAUUUUGAUACAACAGUUAAAUAUUGAAAAGGAAAAUAUAGCUGCAAGAGAAUGGCAAGGGCAACAUAUAUUAGGGAAAUAAGGUACUUUGAUGCUUGCUGUUUGAUAACUUAUUUACUUGAAUGAAAAGCUACAAGAAUGUUCAGGCAAUAACAAAAGCUGUGUCGGCUCUUCUAUUGUUGUGUAAAAGUGUACAUUUUUAUGAAACGUAAACAAUUAUCGUAAGAUAAUCAACGAAGCCUUUUCACUACUUCUGUUCACAACUCUAACUGGCAUUGAAUUACCGUGCCAAAUAAUAGACAAAUAAAGAAUGUGAAAUGAGCAUAUCUGCAAACAACUUUGUAUAGGCUUGACUUUUGCCCUAUGAAAAUGGUACUAAAAGUGUUGACAAAAGUCAAUAACGUGAACAAAAACAGAAUGACAAUGAAGAUCAUAAUGAAUAAUAUAUAAUUGAUUUUUACUGAUGUCCGUAAGUGAUGAUUGGUUUUAAUCAUCAGCAUGAAUAAAAUUAUUGUUAUGUUUUGUUUGUUGAAAAACAGAGAAACAAUGUGUGGAAAAAUAACUGGAUUAUUUCAUAACAUUUGAAAUGAACAGAUUUAGGAAAACAAAUGGAUUUGAGUAAUGCACGAUUUUCGAACCGAAAGCAAGAUGAGAGGGAUAGGCAGCUCCAGAAGAAAGUCGCAGAACUCCAGACACAGACCCAGAGGCUCGAACGCAAGAUUGCCCUGCUCAAAACGGAGAACGAAACACUUAAAAGAAAACAAGAUGACAAAAAGCCCUUGGAAGAGAAGAUUAAGACUUUGAAAAAACGGAAUGCUGAACUAGCAGCUAUUGCUCGAAGACUGGAGGAAAAAGCCAAACAUUUACAGCAGGAAAAUAUGAAGAAGGCGCGAGAGCUUGCCAGCACAGUGGUUGGUCCAGCAGUGCAGCAGAUUGGGUCGGCGGGGAGUCAGCAGGCUCAAGGUCAGGACCAGAUGAAGAAGCUGUUUGCCCGGCAGCGCGCCAAGGACCUGGCGGAACACGCCAAACAGAUGCUGUCCAAGGAUCGAGAAAUUGAGGACCUACGCGGGAAGUGUCAAGAGCUUGCAGAUCAACUCAGCAACUCUGAUUUCCUUGGAGCCGAGAACUGUGAGAUGUUUGAUGAGAAGGAGGAGCUGAUCGCCAUAGUGAAGCACGCAGCACGGGAGCGCCUCUCGAUGGAGCGCCAGCUUGCCAUCGCCAAGCCUUCCAUGGAUUCCAAGCUUGUCAGCAUCGAGCGUUUUAAGGAACUGGAAGAAACCCACGAAACCCUUAAGGGAGAAAUUGUUAAACUUGAGAGGGCUCAGAGUGACACAGAAAGACUUGAAAUAGAGCUCACCCAAAAGAAGUUGGAAUGUGAACGAUUGAAAGGCGAUAUCAAGGAUGAAAAACUGAAAUCAAAAACUCUUGAAGAGGAGGUAAGCAGCACCCAAGAGGAGAGAGACAGGCUUGCAGAGCAGGUGUUCAGUCUCCAGGCGCGGCUUGACCACCUCGAACAGGUGAAUGAGGAGUGCAGCACGCUGCGACUGAGUCUGAGUGAGGCACAGCAAGAAUGUGAGGUCGCUAAGAGCGAGGUGUCCACCCUGCAGCUCAAAGUACAGAACCUUGAAACUCUAGUGCAGAAUCUCGAGUACUCGACAGAGAAGUUAAAGCAAGUGGAGAAGGACUACCAUGAGGCCUUACAGAAGCUGCACACCAAGCAACGAGACAUCGACUCACUGCAGAAGGUACAGGAAAGUGCAAGGGAGAAAUAUGAAACUGCCAUAAAGUCGCUGCAAGAUAAAAUUAGUGGACUUGAAAACCAGUGUGAACAGCAAAAUUUCAAACAACAAGAACUUGUAGAGGAAUUAACUCAACUUCGUGCAGCAUCAGUGACUAAAAACAACAAUAUACAAAGUGCUGAAAUACAAACAGGACGUAGUUUAGAAUUUGCGCCAUCGUCAACAUCAUCACCUAAUCAAUCACCCAGACAUAGUCCGGUUCUGAAUGGAACCUCAAGGAAAUCGCCAUCCACGCCUUUGAAAUCAUCACAAAAGUCCCCAGCUCUUUCAAAAACGCCACUGAAGUCCCCCAUACCCGACAGGGUUGCAUCCCAUUCGCCAUCCAAGACACCAGUUGCUAAAACAAUAUCACCUUCCCGUAAUUCCCCUGUCAUCAAUAACAGCCAUAGUUUUGCGAAGAAAACAUCAAAUUCAAAAGAGAUCAAACCAGCAGUGGAAGCAGGCACAAAGAAGGGAACCAAUCUUCAUGAACACUCGGAGUCCACAAAGUCAGGGGGAACCGAUACAGGUUUUGCAGACGAUGAAGACAUAAACCAGUCUGACAAUCCUUCGCCCGACCCAGAUAAGGCAGACUUUGAAGAUCCAGAACUUCUUGCAAUAGCUGAAAAAUUAAAAGAACUUGAAAAUCAGUCUGAUUCAGACGACAGUUCCAAAUCAGACAAGGGAGAAGAUUCUGGCAUGGAAAGCAGGGGAGAUCAGCAGGUAGAGAGGGACAUGUCCGAAAUGUCCGUUCUUGAGAGUCGCUUGUCAGUGCUUGCAAAGAAGGGUCCGAUCCAGGUGUAUAUUGCUAAAUAUAGCUACGACCCUUACGUCUUUUCCCCCAAUGAGAACCCAGAGGCUGAACUACCUCUUAAGGCUGGAGACUAUGUGCUCGUAUAUGGAGAAAUGGAUGAGGAUGGCUUCUUUGAUGGGGAAUUGUUGGAUGGUAAACGUGGACUGGUGCCAUCUAACUUCAUACAGAAAGUAGCAGAGGAGGACAUGGAGGACUUCCAGACGGCGAUGGCCCUUGCAGGUCAGGAGGAGGACAGCACCGCCGCCAACAGUAUGGCCGCCCCUGACCUGGACAGCAGUGCUGAACUGGAGAAACCGGACCUCCUGGAAGAGUCCAAGUUGAAAGAUGAGCAAGGAAGUGACCUUGAUGAGGAGCAGACAGCUGUUGUUAACCAUGCCAACAGUGCUGUUAAAGGCCGCUUACAUUCUGGUGCUCCGUUUCCACGCAGUCUGCAGCUGGACCGUCAGCUCGCCACCAGCAUCCUGGUCAGCUGGUCUCCACCAGAUAACAUCGCCCCAGACGAGAUACGCUCCUACCAUGUGUUCCUCGAUGGAGACUUCAAGCUCCUCGUGCGCGGAAAUGAACGCACUAAAGCUCUCUUAGAAAAUGUGGAAUCUAGAAAGAUUCACAGAGUCAGUGUUCGUUGUAUCAGCUCCGAGGGCCAGUCCCACGACAACCAGUGCACCAUACUGGUCGGCAAAGAUCGAUAUUUUCAUAUGGAGACAGAUGUGAUCCCCACCCCGUUUGACCUGCGUGUAUUUGACCUCACUGCCACCACGGCAACUGUGAGCUGGACACCCGGCGACAGCAGACUGCAUCACGCCAUCUAUGUUAACAAUGUAGAGGUGUGGGUGGCUAAACCAGGGGUCUUCUCUUAUACAUUGUCAGGCCUAAAUCCAGCCACAAACAACGUAGUGAAGAUCCAGGCUCGCAACCUCGCUGGAAAGGCUGAUAAGAAUGCCGACAAACUGGUCUCCAGUGUGGAAUUUACCACGGAGAAAGGAGGCCUGCCUGAUCCCCCAGUGAAUGUGCAGGUUGAGGCAGGGCCCCAGGAAGGCAGCGUCCUACUGACCUGGUUUCCGGUCACUAUAGAUACCGAGGGCGUAUCCAAGGGUGCUGUUGUUGCUGGCUACACAGUGUACGCAGAUGGCAAGAGAAUUAAACAUGUUCCUGGGGCCACUAAUGACCACAGUAUUUUAACAAAAGAAGAUUACGGAGUGACGGCCCCUCGUGAACUGUAUGUCUGCACUAUCACCAAGGAGAAACUGGAAUCUGAUAGGUCAGAGGUCGUCAUAAUGCCUGAAGAGCUGAUAAGGGAGAUAAUGGGAGCAGCUGUGGCUACAAAGAAGUCGUCUCCCAUGCCCAAGACUAAGGAGUCCCCAGUUCCAGCUGGUGAGGCUGUAGCAGUGAUGGAGCCCGGGUUUGACCUAGUGACCCAGGUCUACAAGGACCAGCCCCUUCUGCUGCCUUCAAGCAAUUUCCAAGAACCCUUUUAUGACAGUAGUUGCUCCGAACUGUCUGAUAUUCCCGAAGUAGAGGAGCCUUCCUCCCCAGAUUCAACCAAUGAAAACCCUCCAAUGAAAGAUACUUUGAAAUCAUUGGUCAAUGGGCUUUCAAAUAUGUCCCAUGACAGUUCAGAUUUUGAGGAAAUAUAUCAAAGAAAUCUAACUCAGGAACAACUGAUAGAAAGUGGACCAUCCUCUCCAGCCAAUCAGGUGACACCUAAGAAGUCACAUGACCAAUUACAGCCAAUCAGAAAGGAGAAGAGUGACAGACUUAGGCAGAUGGAUGUUCCUCAAAUUGAAAUCACCAGAGAGAGCAGUGUUGAAACUGAUUUCUAUAAAAAGCAGUCAGCAAAGAUGGAUAUGCCAGAUACCUCAAAAUCUCCCAAGCUUCCAAAGGAUCAAAGUCCUGCUAAUGACGCUAAGUACAGUGCAAAAAUGGACAGCCGAGAUGGCUAUCGGGAAGACCCUCAUGCUGGAAAAUCUAAUGAUACUGACAAUAUUGCUAAAAAAAAAUCUCCAGACACAAAGUCUCAUCCAAAUGCCAGUAAAAACUCUAAUCCCAGACAAUCUAAGAGUAAUAGUCCAUCAAGAGCUGGACAGCACUCGAGAGAAAGUCCCCGCUCUCAGAGCAGUCCAAGAGAACGGGAUGCACACAAAGAGCAUAGUCCAAGAACUAAACAUAAAGAGGGCCUGAGUCCAAAGGUUAAAACAAAAACUUCGUCUGGUACUGCUGUCACGGAUAGUCCCACUGGUAGUCCUACGGGUUGGUCCAGAAGUCCGUUGCGAUAUCCCGAUAAUGUUGAAUCUCUAGAGCUUUCAAAACUGUCCUCAAUUGAGAAAAACACGAGUGAUUUGAAUAUUCCUGAGUCUGAUGAUGAUUCCAUCACAGGGGAGAUAAAUCCUCCAGUGGAUGACAACAGAAUUCGUCUGUUUGUGGCAUUAUUUGACUAUGAUCCAGAGACCAUGUCUCCCAAUGUGGACACACUAGAUGAGGAAUUACCGUUCAGAGAAGGGCAGAUCAUCAAGGUGUACGGUGACAAGGAUGCUGAUGGGUUCUACCGGGGUGAGUGUGCGGGGCGGGUUGGGUACAUCCCGUGUAACAUGGUGUCCGAGAUCCAGGUGGAUGACCCAGAGCUGGAGGAACAGCUCCUAAAGGAGGUGCAGAGCUCUGAGGCAGCCAGUGUGGGGCUGGACCAACAUCUCUCAGCUUCAGAGAAGUACUUGAAGCCAAUCACAUCCAAUGGAGUGCAUUCUAGCCCCCGGUCAGCCAACGCAGGGUCAGGUGACAUAGUUGUGCGGCGCAUGGUUGCCAUGUAUGACUACGACCCACAGGAGUUGUCCCCCAAUGUGGAUGCUGAGGUGGAGUUGUCUUUUAAAGCUGGUGAUAUAAUCAUCUGCUAUGGUGAGAUGGAUGACGACGGUUUCUACAUGGCAGAGCUGCAUGGUCAGCGAGGCCUGGUACCGUCCAACUUCCUGCAGGAGAGCGGGGCCUCUGACGAGGAGCUCCUUGACUCAGUCAGUGUGAUUACCCCAUCAAGGUCAGGAGAAAGUAUCAACACCUCGGACUCAAGAAAGUCUGAAAAGUCUGAGAAUCUUGAUCAUAAACAACACCACACAGACCAUCAGCAUCCCCAGCAGCAACAGCAGUCAGCGUCUGGUCACCGUGAGGUCAGGGGCUCUCCAGGGGCAGAGCUGGCAGACACCCAGCCGGAUCAAGUGACUCGUGACCACCAGGUUGCUAUUGACAACCAUGACAUUGGAAUGCUGCGCCCACGAUCGCUGACACCAGAGGAACUGAAGCAGAAAAAGAAGACUGGAGGAAUUUUCUCAAGGGGAAAAAACAUUUUUAAAAAGUUGACUAAAUAGCAAAUGUCGGAUUGUGAAUAUAUAAAUCAAUUAAUUAGACGGUGCUCUGAUUUUGUAUGAAGACUGUUUCAAUUAAAUGGCAUCUUUGUAUAGGUGGGACAACUUGAACUGACUUGCAUUAAAACGCUCUCAACAUUUCCACACUUGAUAUACUUUUGGUUGUCGUUUUUCUGUUGAUACCAAAGUCUUACAUGGUUAAUGACACUUUUUACAUUUUCAAUGAUACUUUUAGUUUGACUUUUUUUCAAGUUAAUUGCUGUUCAGAAAGUCAUGUGUAUGAAGUAUAUUCAUAUAAUGCAUUAUGCUUAUCCUCUAUUCCUAUAACUUCGUGCAGCCCUAUAAGAUCGUGUACUUUUUUAUGACGUAAACCUCUAAGCAACAUUCGAACGCACGUGCCCGAAAACUAUUCACUUAUGUAACGCGAGAAUUUCCACAGCCGAUAAGACAACAAUCAUGAGGAAAAAACAAUAAAUAUGAUAUAAAUUGUCCGUUUUUCUGACCUCGUUCCAAAGAAAUAGCCUAAACAAUGUUUAAAAUCUGCACAUUUCCUGCACCAGACGGCUAUGUUUGUCAAUGUUUUGAUCGUAAAAUGUUGUAAGAGUAGUUUCCCUUGAAGGCCCGUCUUGAAUUCGUAUUGUGCUCUCUGUACUUUGCAUUACAAUACGAUUAAAGAAUGCUGUGUAUGCGGAAAGUUUUACCCCCAAAUGAUGACACGAGACCAUACGUUAAGAUCGUGGCCGGCCUAAAAUAAAGGUUCUCGCUGCGUCAAUUUAGGAUUUUGUCACAAAACAACUGUCAUUAGAAGGGGUGACAGCCUUUUAUGCCCCCAUUGUGAAUAGAAUUUUAUUAAGCUACAUGUAUUUUCUGUUAGUAAAUACACUUUAUCUAGACCUCUGAAUACAGUUAUCACAUUUCAUAUUUUGUUUUUAUGAAGACCAGUAUUAUUUAAACCAAUAUUUUCAAUACAGUUUAUUCACGAAAUUCGUCUAAAACAACACAUAUUUAAUACAAAUAAACACUUAUUCACAAAAACAUAUAUCGGUUAUUAUAAACACAUGACAGGGCCUCGCUGUGACGUCAUCAAAAUCGAUGCACGAUCUUAUAGGGUAAUUCUGUGUGACGCAGACUAAGAUAUACAUGAAUGUUUAAAGGUACGUUACUCCAUUAUUAUUAUUAUCAACCAACAUAUUUCAAUCGUUAUUUGUUUAACAAAAGAUAAAUCAUAAAGUAUAUAUCAAGUUUAGUUAUUGUCUAAUGAAUUUUCAUGAAUGAUAUGCCUUUGAAGUUUAAGGUGCACGAACUUAUAGGUUUAGAGGCUAACCCUUUCAGCGCUGGAACCGAAUUUUAAAGGCUUUUGCAAACAGUUUGGAUCCAGAUGAGAUGCCACAGAACGUGGCGUCUCAUCAGGAUCCAAACUGUUUGCUAUUCUGAUAGUAUUCUUUGAAAAAAAAAAUCGAACAAAAUGCUAAUUUUAGAAAUUCAGCAGACGACAUUUUAGCAGACUAAAAAUUUCCCAGCAUGCAAAGGGUUAAUGCCAAUACAAUGUAUUGUUAGGUUGUGCUAAAAUAUGUGUUGUGAUGCUGGCAAUCAAGCAGUGUGUGAUUCAAUUAAUGGAGUAAUGAGAUCAUUGAAAACAUCUGCUGCUUGUGUAUCUCCAGUACAGUUAAAUUAUUUUUAUGAGGCCUGCUCUGUGGAAUUGGGAUUUAACCCUUUCAGUGCGGGAACCGAAUUUUGAAGACCUUUGCAAACAGUUUGGAUCCAGAUGAGACGCCACAGAAUGUGGCGUCUCAUCAGGAUCCAAACUGUUUGCUAUUCUGAUAGUGUUCUUUGAAAAAAAUCGAAGAAAAUGCUAAUUUUAGAAAUUCAGCAGAUGACAUUUUAGGAGACAACAAUUUCCCAGCAUGCAAAGGGUUAAUGCAUGUGCAUCGAGUGUCGACCAAGAUUAGCAUGUGCAGUCUGUGCAUUCUAAACAGGGACAACACUUUCCACCUAAACUAGAUUUUAGCUAGAAGAAAAUUUAUUUAAAUGAAAAAUACCUUAAAUCCAGAGUGUUGUUCCUAUUUAGCCUGUGCACACUGCACAGGCUUAUCUUGGUUGACAUAUUAUGCACAUGAAUUAAACCUACUUUUCACAGAGUGCGGCUUAAUUAUAUUUGGCUAAGCUGCCAUAUAUAUUUUAACAGUUAGCUUUAAUGUAAGUUACCUGUGGCUUCCAUUUAACAAUGUAGAAGUAGCUGUUAUCUUUUUUUAAUUAUGAGGCAAUUGGAAAAUUGUGGAAGAAUGUGCUAAAAACAUUAUACAACAAAUAUAGAUACAUAAUAAUCUUAUUUUGUCAGUUUUGCAAAAGAAAUGUAGGUUUUUUAGUAUACAUCAUAUGUGGAAUUUUCUAGUAUUGGCAUUAUAGAAGUAUGUGUCAAUGUUGUUGUCUAUUGUUGUUGAAAGCUGUUCUUGUCUGUGCCAGUAGUAUUCAUUGUUCCAUAUGUCAGUGCAUUUAAGAAAAAAUGAAAAUGCAUCAUAUGUAUGAGUAUAUUUUGAUAGAUUUGAGUGGAUUGUUUUUUUGUCGCAAGGUAAUGCAAGAUGUUGAUGUUAGCUGAAAGUGUAUUUUUUGUAUUUGUACUAUAUCUGUCCAUAAAGUAUUACUUUAAAGAAGCAAUACAAUAUUACGAAACUGCAAGUUUGUAAUUUAAUAAAUAUUUAUAAAUAUGUAUACCUUAGAGUUAAUAAAAAUGUGCUUAUGCCCAUGCUUGGCAACCUUUUGGUACCAGAUUUAUUUCUUCAUUUUUGUUCGAAGCUAAAAAACGUUUGAGGAUUUUUUAUUUGUAUCAACAAUACUUUUAUCACACAUUGUUAAAUAACUGCAGUGAAAUAAGCUUGCUUUUUUAUAUCAACAUGGUAGUGUUGAGUAUGGGCUAUGACACACUUAUAGAAUCUCUGGCCCCAUUACUCAGGUCUCAGUCUUGGUUUUAUCUUAAAUAAAAAUUCACUGUCAAAAUGCUUGAAAUAUUAUAAGCUUUUCUAUCAAUUGGCUCAUCAUUUAUAAUGAACACUAAGGCUGAGUAUGAGACUGUUUUUAGUCGUGGGGCCUGGACAUUGUGAGAACUUUACCAUGAGUUCAUGGCAUUGACUGGAUCUGUGAUAUUUUUGAAAUCGUGUUGUAGUAACUGUAUGUAUUACUAGAGAUUUAAUCAAGCUGUUUGGACUUUGGCUUCAUUGUAGUAAAGUUUAUUUAUUUUUUAAUCUGUUAGGAAUAUAAAGUAUAGUUUACCAUAAUGCUUGUUAAUCUUUUAAAUUUUAGGUUGAUAUUUGCUGUUUAUAAAUUUAGAAUUAUGUAACAGUUUUUGAGUCAAAUUUUAGUUUUUUUUUAAUAUAGCUUCAUGGUUUACACUGUUAAUGUUUAAUAAUUAUUAAUGCUUAUAUUUAUUACUUCAUGAAUUUAUUUCUGCAUUUCAUGUAGUAAAGCAAAGAAUGAGGAGCAAGCGAAACAGUGAGAGCCAUGUGAUACAAUACUGUUGAUGUAUAUUUUGCAAUAAAAAUCAAAAUUAGACAAAGCGAUGCUGCUACCAUUUCUAUGGAUAGCUUUUUAAAUUUAUAGAUUGAUUUGUUGUACAGGGAGCACACAAUAGACUUGUUUUAUUAUAUUUACAUAUUGAUAUUCAUUUGGUUGUUUAUUAAGUGCUGUAAACAUGGGAAAAUAAUGUAUUUUAUUAAUGGGAGAGUUUAUUUGAACUAGUUCUGUGUUAAGAAUAUUAUAUAAUGGAUGUUUACUAAUUGCUGAACAUAAUCUGUUAUAUGUAUAUAUUUUUAUAUAUAUGUAUCUGAAACAGAUUUUUAGAAAUUAAAAAUUACAUUAAAAAAAGGAAGUUGAAAGAGCUCAGAAUUUAUUCUUCCAAUGUUCAUGCAUGUAUACAUCUUGUGUUCUUAUAAAAGUUUGGGCAUAGAAACCUGAAUUAAUAUGAGUCAUGUUCUAACAAAUACCAAAUAUAUGAAAGCAUUUAACAAUUGUUUUUGAGUUGUUCAUUGUUGACAAAAGCUUUAUGUAUAGAAUUAGAUAUUUGAUGUUUUCACAUUCCAAGCUACCCUGUGUACAUGUAUUGUGACAGUUCAUGACAGAGUUAUUGUGACAGGUCAUGACAGAGUAAUUGUGACGGGUCAUGACAGAGUAAUUGUGACGGGUCAUGACAGAGUUAUUGUGAUUUACAUGUAUUAGGAUUGCAUGUUUUAUAUUUAUGUAUAAUUGAUUAUGUCAAAUGCUUGCCGAAGCAUUUAAGAAAAUAAAAUUAUUUUCAUAACAAAACAAGAAA